CUAACGUAAAGCGGCAAAUAGUUAAAUCCCCAAUCCUCCCCUGGCCGUACAUCGCCUCCACGGCCGACGCCGCCAUCUUGCCUCCUCGGACGACGUCGCCUUUCCCGGCCGUAGCCGCCGCCUCCCCCGACCGGCGCCGCCACCGUUCGCCUCUUCCUCCCUCUCUUUUCCCUCUUCGCCCUCCGCUUUGGCCGUCUGCUCCACCUCUCCGCCGCCAUGCCGACCCCCGCCGAUUCCUUCCUCAUCCUUGAGUUCGUCGCCGGCUACCGCCUCAUCCCCCACUCCAUCUUCACCGCACUCCUCGCCUCCCUCCCAUCCGUCUCUCCUCACACCUCCCCGCGCCUCCGUGCAGGCCUCGCUCUUCGCGCCCUCGACGCCGCCCUCUCUGAUACAGACGGCGUCGACGCCCCCUCCCUCCUCCACAAGGCGCGAGCCGUUCUCGCCGAGCCUGACCUUGCCCCCUGGUUUCCUCAGCACCUCGCCGAACCCGCCUCUGCCGACGACCUCCCGGCCGCGGCCGUGGCCGAGCUCAAGCGUCUUCUCGACGUUGAGUGGGCGAGCCUCCCUCCUUCCGCGCUAGAGAUCGCGGCCGAACGGAUCGUCGGAUCUGGGGCCCUCCAGUUUUGGGCAAACGCCGACCACGCACAACGUUCAAAGCUUCGUCUGCUCGUAGGAGAGUCCACAGCUCGUGAGAUUCUAGAGAAGAUUCAACAACAGGAUGCAUCCACAAAUCAUCCAGCAGUGCUUCCUCAAGUUGAUAAUGCACCCGAAACAAACGGUACUAAUGAUUCUGAUUGUUCUGAAGAAAAAGAUAAGGGCUGUCCUGUUAAACAAAAUGCUAAAGCCGAUCAUCCUCAAGAAGUUGGCGUUCGGCAUCAACAGGAGUCGAUGCAAGGAGCACCCAAUGACCAUCUUAAAGAAAGUUCAGUAACAACGGAAUCUAUUAGAGGCAAGGAUCCUGAUAUUACAAGCUUUAUGGAAGAAGUUAUUUGUCCUCAAAUAAGUGGACAGUUUACCCCUGACAACAUCAAGAACCAUCAAGUCACAGGUCCUAACCAUAGUUUAAUGGAGAGGAAUCCGACUGCCAUCACUUACGAGAGGGAUAGCUUGGGCGACCCUGGAGGUGAAAGGCCUGCAGCAAAGCGUCAAUUACCUGCUUUUGAAAGGACACCAAAACCUUCUCCUACAGCUGCACUUAAGACGAGAAAAAAGUGGAGUGAGAUACAAGAAAAAACCUUGCUGGAAGGGGUGAAGAAGUAUGGAAAAGGCAACUGGAAAGAUAUCAAAAUGGCAUACCCUGAUGUAUUUGAAGAUCGAUCGACAGUAGAUUUGAAGGACAAGUUCAGAAAUAUGGAAAGACACCUGUGUGUUUGAGGCGUGCCUACUUUAGGAGGAAUUGUCAUGGUAUAUAGUGACUUGUUAGUUAUGCUUCUGGAACUUGGAUGGAUGAUGGUAGCUAUGUUUAUAGUGCCUCAUUUUGGUUGUGAUUUUGUGAGGAGCAGCCAGCUAUUUUUGUAUUUUAUCAGCUGCCCUUGUUUUGUACAGGAGAGGAGAGCAAUGUUGGUGGGAACUUCCUCUGAACCCUUAUUUAUCUUGUAUCUUCAUGUGUCUGCAUUGUUGUUAGUCCUUCUAGAAUAUACAGUGGUGCUGCCAGCUGUGAAUGAGCCAGUGAUUACAACAUUCGGGGAUCCGUGAUUCUUCAAAAUUUGCUUUUCCUAUGUCAUAUGAGGUUUCUAAUCAAUCUGUCAUUUGUAAAAGAUGGGGCUCAUCACCGCUUGCUGCAUCCUCCAAUGCUGUUCAAGAUUACGGAUCACCUUACUUUAUGUGGAAUUGCCCCAGCGUUGAAGAUGGAUUUGGUGAAGAACAUGUCCUGUUAGCAUCAACAAGGAGAUGGAUCAUGUAGUCGUGGGCAAGUUCAAGCUCGGCAAGAAGAUCAGGAGUGGAUCGUUUGGGCAGCUAUUCAUUGGUCAGUAGUCCAUAUCCAUUUAGUCAGAAUAUUACUUUGUUAAUCCCACUAUGAUUGCACCAUUAUUUUUCUUGGCCAUGGCUGUUAUCCCACAUUUGAAGUGGUUUGGCGUGGUGGGAGAAUACAAUGUGAUGGUGAUUGAUCUUCUCGAGCCAAGCCUUGAGGACCUAUUCAACUAUUGCAGAAGGAAAUUCUCGUUAAAGACUGUCGUCAUGCUUGCUAAUCAGAUGGAAAUGUAAGUCUUAAAGACUGCUGGGAUUUGAAUCCCUCGUGGCAUUUUGCUCUGUCAUGGACAGAGCGGCUUGUUGACACGUCCUUCUGGGCCUUUUUUGCCUCUGGCUACGGUGGGUGCACGGUGCACCGUUUAGCUGACAGGGUGGGCUCGCUUCUCUCGGCUGCAUUUCGUGCGGUGGACCAGGUGCACAGUGCACGGUGCCCCAACCUGACAGCCCCACUUGCUGGCCAGCUUGACUGCCUGACAACUCCACAUGCUGGCCAUCGCUCCCCGUCGUCUCCGCUUGCUCAGCGAGCUACACAUCUGGACCAAUGAUCUCCAUGGGCUGUGCUGUAUCUUCAAAGGGUCUUGAUUACCCGUUCUACCACGUUUGGAGGCUGCUAUAGUUUAGUCUUCUCUGGGCAGCUUCAGCAAUUACCCUCUUCCUCUGAUCGAUUCUUCUUCCUGGUUAUUUUUGGCAGCUUGGAGUUAUUCCCAUCUUCCUGCUCUCUGCGUGCAUGUUCUAUCAGUUAUCUCAAGUCUUGGCCAAUCGAAGGGCAAUUGCUUUGACAGUAGAAAAAGUUCUUUCAUGCGUCAAUGGGAUUUAAGUUUGCACUACUGUUCCACUAAUGGGUGCAGCUGCUGUCAACUUGGUUCUUGGAGAGAAACCUGCAAAUAUCUACUCAGAUUGCUACUAGGAAGGUAUCGGAGCUUUGUGGAUUGGCCUUGGUCGAAAUAUCGCAGACAAUGCUAUAAUUAAUGCUGCUGAGUCACAUUCUUUUGCGGUACCAUUCAUCAAUUUGUCGUUCAUGCAGAUGUUUCUAGCACUUCCUGAGUUUACUGAUAACAUUUUUACCCAUCUUUAAGCUAGACUUUGUGUUGGGUUUUUGACUGUUAGCAUUGGCUCCAAUUGAUGUGGUGAAAUCAAGAAUGAUGGGUGACUCGACAUACAAGAGUACAUUGGACUGCAUUGCAAAGACAUUAAAGAAUGAAAUCUUAAAAUGAAAAGGAGAGGGCCUGCGGUUGAUUUGAAGGUUUUUUUCAUAAAGAAAUGCUUUGAAGAAGGACAUCAUAACUUAUUUUCAAAACAUGGAGUGUCGUAAAGUUGUCCUCUAAAUGGCUUAACUUCAAUUUUACCCUUUGGAGCUUUGGAGGUUGCAUACUGGUUCAAAUAUUUUUCUUCCUAUUUUUGCUACGAUGUAUCGAAUUAACUGCCACCUACAUGUUAAAUUUUGCUCCCUAUUUUUGCUACAAUGCAUUUGAUGUCCUCAUCUGUUUUUCAAUGGACUGAAAGGUGUUUCUUAGAAAAAUUUUGGAACAUAAAUUUUCAUCUGAGCUUACAGAAGAAUUAAAACUCCAUCGUUUGUAUAAUAAAACUGCUCCUUACAAGCAUCGGACCUUGGCCAUCAGGAUGAUGAAAUCUCUAUUUUGAUACCUUUUAUGUUUGCAAUUGAUUUUGUGAUGCCUGCUAUUUUUCCUUGUUAGUAUUACACAGUUAACAUUCGUGUGAGCUUGCAAAUUACCAUUUCUGAGUUGUAUAAUAACUUUUUGUUAGAUGAUUACGUGGUACAACUUGUCAAGUAGGCUAAUCAGUUUUUCACAGUGCACAACUUGUACUGAAAUCAAGUCACAGAAGCUUACUGCAGAACCUGCAAUUGAGGUGAACCUGAUUUUGAAUCUUUUGUUUUCAUAUUUCCCUUAAUCGUGUAAUGUAAAAUUUCAAGUGUGAAAUGGAAAUAUUGUGGUUCAAAAUUGUAGUAGUAAGAGAUCACCGUGGGGCAAGACGUUGCCUCCUCUUUGCAAUUUAAUUAGGUGGGGAAUCUAACAACCUUCUCAGUGUGCAAGACGUUGCCUCCUCUUUAUGGUUUAGGAUAAAUUCAACCAGAUUGGGAUACUUUUUUGGAUCGUGCCAAGAUGACUAGAUGUAUAUAAUUAGAUGGGAAAUCUAAUAGGCUUCUCACUAUGUGUUAACACUAAAAUUUGGUAAAAUUUCUUAUUAGAUUUGGAUAGAGAAAGGUACCAUCAUCGAUGGAAAUUUUAUCCAGAGAAGUUUGAAUUCAACAGGGAGUCGUGAAGACCAAGACAUGACGUUUGGACAACUAGAUUAGGAGGCUUUUCUAGAUAGCAACAGCUACAACUGGAUUGUGAGACUUUUCUAGAUUGUUGGCCUUGUCAGCAGGCUGCCAGAGCAGGGUAAAUCAAAACUUUGUCAGAAGAAGAGGAAGAACACGACCGACCUGAAUAAUCUGUAAAUUCUAGCUAUUGGUCUUUCUAGCUUUCUAAAUAGUUACCUGGUGAAUCAAACUAUUCCUUUCAUUAGUCAUAUUCUAAUGCUCACCUGUCGGCCAACCCUGAGCUCUGCUCUUAGAUAUAUCUCAACUCAGUAUCUUUAGUGCAUCUUGCCAUAUGGAAUUAGUUUAUAAAUAUUUGACCAUGUGGAAAUUUGUAAAUAUUCCAAGGAAUGCCAUGACCAUGUGGAAUUAAUUUGUAAAUAUUCCAAGAAAUGUCGUGACCAUGAGCCACAUGAUCUUAGCAGGCUGCAAUAUAAGCAGCAGGAAGUAUGUUGCUAUGUGAACUUCUAGUUUAUAAAUGCCCUAUAAAUACAUAUGUUAUGAAUUAUCGUAGAGCUAUUUCGAAUGGUGCAAUCAAGUUUGUAUCG